AUGGUUCUUCAGAGUGAUUCGUCUAAUCUCGCUAUGCUUGUUGAUAGCAGUGGUAAAAUUGCAAAAAUUGGAACUAUUGAUGAGCUGAGUUACUUGGCUGCAAUGGAUGGUUGUGCCUGUCAACUUUCGGUGGAUGGAGGUGUUCUACUUCCAGGUUUUGUCGAUGCACAUACGCAUCCAGUCUUUGCUGGUGAUCGAGUUCAUGAAUUCUCCAUGAAAUUAGCUGGGGCUACCUAUAUGGAGAUACAAAAGGCUGGAGGUGGAAUUUUAUAUACAGUUGAGAAAUGCAGGGAAACAUCUGAAGAUCAGUUAUUAUCAUCUUUCGAAAGUGUCGCUAUGGAAAUGAUUCAAUGUGGAACGACGACAAUUGAAGCAAAAAGCGGCUAUGGUCUUGAUACGGAGACUGAAUUAAAAUUAUUGAGAAUUAUUGAUAUGGGUGCUCAGUUUUUGCCACUGGAAAUAUCUGGAACCUUUCUGGGUGCACAUGCCAUUCCUCAAGGUAGCACUGAACAAGAACAAGCUGAAAAAAUUAUCAAUGAAAUGAUACCGUUAAUUGAAAAGGAAAAAUCGGAUUUUCAUUUGGAAUCGAUUGAGAAUAUCGAUGUUUUCUGUGAAAAAGGUGUUUUUGAAGUCGAAUCGAGUAGGAAAAUCUUAGAAGCUGGAAAAAAGAUCGGAUUAAAAGCGAAUUUUCAUGCAGAAGAAUUGAAACAAUUAGGAAGCGCUGAAAUGGGAGCAAAUCUCAAGGCUAGAGCCAUGAGCCAUCUUGAAGCUAUAAGCUCGAAUGGAAUUGAUGCAAUGGCUGAAUCUGGAACAGUUGCUAUACUUCUCCCAACCACUGCAUUAACGUUACGACUUCGUCAUCCACCAGCGCGUGAUAUGAUAUCUAAGGGAGUCAUCGUUGCUUUGGGUUCCGAUUUUAACCCAAAUGCUUAUUGUUUAUCAAUGCCAAUUGUUAUGUAUCUGGCUUGUACACAGAUGCGCCUUUCGAUGGCUGAAGCUUUGGUCGCGUCGACUAUUAAUGCAGCUUAUUCAAUAAAUCGUGGGAAAACUCAUGGAGCAUUAAGCUGUGGACGUUUUGCAGAUAUUGUUGUCUUAGGUCGCCAUUUCAUUUCUUUCCUUAGUUAA